AUGAAUUUGGCACAAGAAAAUAACUUUGCAAAUGGCUUGUUAUAUGUUGGAUUCAAUCAAGAUCAAGGUUGUUUUGCUUGCGGAACGGAGAAUGGUUUCAGAGUUUUUAACAGUGAUCCGCUUAAGGAAAAAGAACGGCAAAAUUUUGCCGAAGGAGGUCUCUCGUACGUGGAAAUGUUGUUCCGAUGUAACUACAUGGCUUUAGUAGGAGGAGGAAAGACACCUGUAUACCCUCCUAACAAAGUUAUAAUAUGGGAUGACCUGAAGAAGGAUUCUGCUAUCGCUCUAGAUUUUAACAGUCCUGUUAAAGCUGUGAAAUUAAGAAGAGACCGGAUAGUUGUUGUUUUGGAAAAUUUAAUAAAAGUUUAUACAUUUACUGCUCAGCCUCAACUACUUCACAUAUUUGAAACUUGUCAGAAUCUUAGAGGGCUGUGUGUUGUCUGUCCUAAUAGCAAUAAUGCUUUGUUAGCUUAUCCUAGUAGAAAAACUGGACAUGUUCAGUUGGUGGAAUUAAGCAGUCAUGCUGGUACCAGUACAGCCCCAGAAGGACACUUAAUUGUAGCACAUGAAGCUCCUCUAAGUUGUCUUGCUCUCAAUGUUGGAGGUACUCGGUUAGCUACUGCGUCAACCAAAGGAACUCUUAUAAGAGUAUUUGAUACGAACACUGGCCAAAAACUUGCAGAAUUACGAAGGGGUGCAAAUCAGGCAACAAUAUACUGUAUAAACUUCAACCAUACAAGCACAAAUCUUUGUGUGGCAUCAGACCAUGGAACAGUACAUGUCUUUAGCCUUGAUGAAGAGAAAUUAAACAAGCAUUCGAAUUUAGCAUCUGUAUACCUCCUACCAAAGUAUUUCUCAAGUAAUUGGAGUUUUUGCAAAUUCACAAUUCCAAAUGGACCACCCUGUAUUUGUGCUUUUGGAGUAGACAAAAGCUCUAUUAUUGUGAUUUGUGCCGAUGGAUCAUAUUACAAAUAUAAAUUUAAUGAAAAAGGAGAAUGCAACAGAGAUGUGUAUGCACAAUUUCUUGAGACAUCUGAAGAUAGAUAG